GCAUCCGUCUGCUGGACAGCGGCUCCGUAGAGAACGUGCUGCAAGUCGGUUUCCAUCUGAGUGGUACAGUAACCGAGCCAGCCACUGCUUCUGAACCAGCAAUGACUUACAAAGUUGCAAUCAGUUUUGAUCGAUGCAAAAUCACUUCAGUGACAUGUGGCUGUGGAAAUAAGGACAUAUUCUACCGUGCACAUGUGGUAGCACUAUCACUGUACAGAAUCCGUAAACCAGACCAAGUCAAAUUACGUCUUCCUAUCUCAGAAACUCUUUUCCAGAUGAACAGGGACCAGCUACAGAAGUUUAUUCAAUAUUUAAUCACAGCACACCACACCGAAGUUCUUCCUACUGCACAGAAACUGGCAGAUGAGAUUCUUUGCUCCAACUCAGAAAUCAACCAAGUGAAUGGUGCCCCUGACCCAACAGCAGGGGCAAGCAUUGAUGAUGAGAACUGUUGGCAUUUGGAUGAAGAACAGGUGAAAGAACAAGUGAAGCUCUUUCUCUCCCAGGGGGGCUACUAUGGCUCUGGAAAGCAACUCAACUCAAUGUUUGCCAAGACAGAAACAGUUUCCUUAAGAGUAGAAACAGUUUCUUCUUCACCAGCACAGGGUGUGGGCGCUUUAUGGGUGUGCAUAAUUUUAAAUCCACACUGCAAACUGGAAGAAAAGUCUUGUUGGCUGCAGCAACUGCAGAAGUGGAGUGACCUGGAUGUCUGUCCCCUGGAAGAUGGGAAUUAUGGCCAUGAGCUGCCCAACAUCACCAAUGCCCUUCCCCAGAAUGUCAGUCACAGUGCAGACUCAUUAUCCAGACCAAGAAGAACAGUGUUCACUAGAGCCAUUGAGGGUCGUGAAUUACAUUGGCAGGAUAGCCAUCUACAACGAAUAAUCAGCAGUGAUAUAUAUACAGCUCCUGCCUGCCAACGAGAAAGUGAGCGACUGCUCUUUAAUUCACAUGGCCAGCCACUGUGGCUUGAGCAUGUGCCUACAGCUUGUGCUCGGGUUGAUGCCCUGCGUUCUCAUGGUUAUCCAAAAGAGGCCCUCAGACUCACAGUCGCCAUUAUUAAUACUCUGCGAUUGCAGCAGCAGAGGCAGCUGGAAAUCUACAAGCAUCAGAAGAAAGAACUGUUGCAGAGAGGAACUACGACCAUCACAAACCUGGAGGGCUGGGUGGGCCACCCUCUGGAUCCUGUUGGCUGCCUGUUUCUCACCUUGACUGAAGCCUGCCGCCUCAAUGAUGACGGUUAUAUGGAAGUGUCAGAUAUGAAUGAAAGCAGACUCCCUUUGUACCAGCAUGUACCUGUGGCUGCGGGAUGCACAAACAGCAGUGAGUCCUACCUGUCAUUAGCCCUGGAAGUUGCUCUGAUGGGUAUGGGCCAACAGAGGGUAAUGCCCGAAGGCCUGUAUGCACAGGACAAAGUGUGCCGUAAUGAGGAGCAUCUCCUAAGCCAUCUCCAGGAGCUGCAGCUGGAUGACGAGCUCGUGCAAACACUGCGGAAACAGUGCAUCUUACUGCUGGAAGGAGGCCCUUUCAGUGGUCUUGGAGAAGUCAUACAUCGAGAGAGUGUUCCCAUGCAUACAUUUGCCAAGUAUUUGUUCUCAGCUUUGCUGCCUCAUGAUCCAGAUCUGUCCUAUAAAUUAGCUUUGCGUGCCAUGAGGUUACCUGUUUUAGAAAACUCAGCUUCUGCUGCUGAUACUUCUCACCCUCACCAUAUGGUGUCUGUGGUCCCCAGCCGUUAUCCUCGCUGGUUUACACUUGGACACUUGGAAUCACAGCAGUGUGAACUGGCCUCCACCAUGCUGACUGCUGCCAAAGGGGAUACUCGUAGACUCCGGACUAUUCUGGAAGCAAUACAGAAGCACAUCCAUUCUUCCUCCCUCAUCUUCAAACUGGCCCAAGAUGCAUUCAAGAUUGCUACUCCUACGGACAGUAGUACAGAUAACACCCUGCUCAAUGUGGCCCUUGAGCUGGGGUUACAGGUGAUGCGGAUGACCUUAUCAACUCUGAACUGGCGGCGCCGAGAGAUGGUGCGAUGGCUGGUGACCUGUGCUACCGAAGUGGGUGUACGGGCCCUCGUGAGCAUCUUGCAGAGCUGGUACACACUGUUCACUCCUACUGAGGCUACUAGUAUUGUAGCUGCCACUGCUGUAUCCCACACCACUAUCCUACGUCUCAGUCUUGACUACCCACAGCGGGAAGAACUGGCCAGCUGUGCUCGCACACUGGCCCUGCAGUGUGCUAUGAAGGAUCCGCAAAGUUGUGCUCUGUCAGCUCUUACACUCUGUGAGAAAGACCACAUCGCCUUUGAGGCAGCCUACCAGAUUGCCAUCGAUGCUGCUGCUGGUGGCAUGACCCAUUCACAGCUGUUCACCAUUGCCCGCUACAUGGAGCUCCGUGGCUACCCGCUACGUGCCUUCAAGCUGGCCUCAUUGGCCAUGAGCCAUCUGAACCUAGCCUACAACCAGGAUACCCAUCCAGCCAUCAAUGAUGUGCUCUGGGCUUGUGCCCUCAGCCACUCUCUGGGCAAAAAUGAGCUGGCAGCUCUCAUCCCUCUGGUGGUGAAGAGUGUACACUGUGCCACAGUGCUUUCAGACAUCCUGCGGCGCUGCACAGUGACUGCACCUGGCCUAGCUGGCAUCCCAGGCCGCCGCAGCUCUGGAAAGCUCAUGUCGACUGACAAAGCUCCAUUGCGCCAGUUGCUGGAUGCCACCAUCAAUGCCUACAUCAACACUACACAUUCACGUUUGACACACAUCAGCCCCCGCCACUAUGGAGAGUUUAUUGAGUUUCUGAGCAAGGCUCGGGAGACCUUCCUGCUGCCCCAAGAUGGCCACUUGCAAUUUGCCCAGUUCAUUGACAAUCUCAAACAGAUUUACAAAGGCAAGAAGAAACUGAUGCUGCUAGUCCGAGAGCGCUUUGGCUGAAAAAAGCAGAGAGCUCACUGCCAGGGCAGCCUGGGCUCCCAGCUACCAUCAAGUCAGGCCAAGGACACUGACACAUUUGUCCACCCUGAGAGGACUCUGACCACCUGUGGCUGAGGCCAAAGGACCACAGGCUAAGGAUGGGGAGAGUCUAACUUUAGCUAAUACACCUGCAACCUACCUUGGCAAGCUUCUCACUACAGCCCACUGUUCUUGGAGGAGCUGGGCCCUACAGAUUGACAAGAAACCCCACAACAUGCCACCUCACACCCCUAUAUCCUGUGUGUCCUGGGCAUUGGCCGUCUCUUCCUUGGCAAACACAGAACACUGUUUCAUCUCAGGGAUUGCUUAACCAGAGAAACAGAAGCAUUUAUGAUACUGUAAAUACUAUAGCACAUGUGUUGCCAAUUAUUGUAAAGUUGUAACUAUUUAUAAUUCUGGUUGAUUUGAUAGGCACUUAAGAUAGUUGGGUGGGAGGACAGGCUUGUUUUCUGAGGAGACUCACUACCAUUUCUCAGGUUUCCCUUACAGAGUAUAUAAUGUUGGCAGUGGACAAGUGGGGAUAGUGGGAAGUGGCCAAUUACAAUAAAUCCCCAAGUCUUGUCUAUGCAGAAACCCCAGCCUGUACACAGGGCAUCUGUAGUCCAGUGGUUGGUCAGGGGCAGAGGCCAAGACUGGACUUAGACUUCUGCCUCACAAAGCUGUGAGAACACUGAAGCUCCUGCUCCUGUUCCUGCCUCAAUAGCCUCCCCCAGGAGCCUGCUCAAUAUUGAUUAACAAAUACAGGGAGAAGAUGAAGGUCAGGGAAGCAACAGUUCAUAAUAGCCAUCUGCUCUAGUCACUGUCAUGUUACAGAGUAUAUAUUUUCAUCUCUACUUCCAUGUGUGUGUAUAUCUGUAAGUACAUGUGUCUGUGCACAUAUAUAUACACAUGUAUGCCUAUGUCAUGUGUUGGAGUGUGGAUUUCUGUGUUUGCUGUUUCCCAUGUUUACAUGGUACACACAAGUGUAUGAAUAUAUGUGUUUGUGUGUAUGCCUGCUAUCCAUUGAUCUAUCUUUAUGUGUGUACCCAAGUUAUUUCUACACGUAGGUACAUCUGUAUACUCAUGUUGGAAGAAUGGCUGCAUGAAGAUGGCCUUCUUUGCCAGAUUUCAUUUCUCUCAUCCUCUCUCACGAGUCAGACAUUUGUUCCAUCUCUGUUCUUUCUCUAUCCCCCUUCUUUCUAGAUAGCUUCUGAGCACCAGUGUCUCUGCCAUGAGAUUAGAUGCUUCACCUUCACGGUUCUUACCCAUGCUCACUUUCUUCCCCUGCCUUUCUACCUCAAGCUUCCUCUACCUGCUUUAUCACAGUUCAUUGUGUACUGAUUUGGAGGCUGAAGCUGGUAUGCCUUUGGCCUUUCCCUUCCAAGAUUCUGGCCCUGGUGGGUAACCCGCCUCAACCCUAACUGACCUCCAGUGUCAUCAUGUCCCUGCUACCUUCCUGACCCCUAUGCUCAGCCUGGAAUUGUUAUAGAAGGUAGCAGUGGACACUCAGAAGAGCCAAUUGAAUAUCAUUGUCUUGGUGUUUACUGUUUUGUGUCUUAGUUCUGGAGUGGGGUGGGGUUUGAUAGGAAAGGGGUGGUAUAGCUUAUUAGAGUGUGAACUAAGGACCUCUCUGUCUACUUUAUUUUCUUCUUUAGCAAACUGUUUAUGUUGGGGUUUUUUGUUUUGUUUUGCUCCAAACUGACCAGUAAGUUGUAUUUACUAUUUGUGGCUACUAAAGUCUUGCUCUCCAGCCAAGGACCCCUAUGAUGUCUCAGCCCAAUGGGCUGAUAAAAAAAAAAAAAAGCCACACCCAUUUCUGUAUCACAAUGGCCCUUUUUUAGUGAGUGUGUGAAUUCAUAGUGCUUUUCUAUGAAUAAAUCAUGGAUCACAGAAAAGAUCAUUUUUCUAAAAGUAGAAAUUGUGUUCUCAAUAAAUGAGGCCUUUCUUUCC